UAAAUAGAAACAAAUUAGGUAUUAAAAUAAUAAUAAGAAAAAUGUCUUUCUUCUUCAAUCUACGUUACAACUAUUUGAUGAAGAAUAAUAAGUGUCUUCAAUUGCUUAUUAAUUAUUUAUUGUUCAAGAACAACCCCAAAAGUAUUUAUUCUGUACAGCAAAAAAAAGGUUAUUCAAUAAUCACUCAAAGGCAAAAAUAUGAGAAAUCUUUUAUAUAUGAAUUAGUCGAUGAAUCUUCAGUAAUUUGUAGUGAAAAAUGUAGAACCAACAAAAAUUUUUAUAACAAUAACAUUUUCAAUAAGUUGGGCUUAGUUUUUAGUGCUUUAACAGUUACAUUAUGUCAAAGUACAAAUAAUAAAUUAGAUAGAAGAUUUCUUUUAGCUGCGCAUUAUGGUAAUACUAUGGAUUUGAAGACGGCCAUUGAUAGUGGUGUGAAUGUAAAUGUUAGGCAUCCACUUGGAUGGACAGCAUUACAAACAGCUGCAAUUAAUGGAAAAUUUGAAGCCGUAAAAUUUUUAAUUGAAAAUGGUGCUGAUAUUAAUGCAGGUGAUAAUUUUGUUAACAUUUAUAAAACUGCGGCUGAAAUGAAAAUACACCCAACAGAUGUGUUAAUUAAGAGAGAGGAGGAAUUCUCAGAUCGAUUAAUAGCUCGAGCAACUUUUAAAGGUUUCACAGCCCUUCAUUAUGCUGUUUUAUCACGUAAUAAGGCAAGUGUAAAAGCUUUAUUAGAUGCUGGUGCAAAUCCAACAAUUGAAAAUGAAGCUGGUCACAGAGCUGUAGAUUAUGCAUACAUGGAUAAAGAUAUUGAAGAUAUGCUUAUAAUGCAUGCUAUAAAAUAUGAUGAAAUCACAAAGGAAAAAGAAGCGGAAGAAAGAAGAAGAUUUCCUUUAGAACAAAGAUUGAAGCAAUAUAUUGUUGGUCAGGAAGGGGCAGUUUCCAUUGUAGCUUCAACUAUUCGAAGAAAAGAGAAUGGUUGGAUUGAUGGGGAACAUCCUUUGGUAUUUUUAUUUCUGGGAUCUUCUGGGAUUGGUAAAACUGAAUUGGCAAAGCAGUUAGCAUCGUAUAUACAUCGAAAUAAAGCAGAUUCUUUCAUUAGACUUGACAUGUCCGAAUAUCAGGAAAAACACGAAGUAGCAAAACUUAUCGGUGCCCCUCCUGGAUACAUUGGCCAUGAUGAUGGUGGUCAAUUAACAAAAUUAUUGAAGAAAUCACCAUCCGCUGUUGUACUCUUUGACGAAGUAGAUAAAGCACAUCCUGAUGUUCUUACAGUUUUACUGCAAUUAUUUGACGAGGGAAGAUUGACUGAUGGCAAAGGUAAAACAAUAGAAUGUAAAAAUGCAAUUUUUAUCAUGACAUCAAAUCUUGCUAGUGAAGAAAUUGCCAAACAUGGUGCAGAUCUACGCGAAGAAUCUGAGCAGUUAUUAAUAAAAAGACUAAAGGAAAAAUCUAACGAGGAUCAAGAACCGGAAAACAUAGAAAUUUCACGAAAUUUUAAGGAUCAAGUUGUACGUCCAAUUUUGAAAUCACAUUUUCGUCGCGACGAAUUUCUGGGCCGCAUAAACGAGAUCGUCUAUUUUCUACCAUUUUCAAGAGCUGAGUUAUUAAGAUUGGUUUCACGGGAGCUUGAAGCCUGGGCGACACGGGCUCACGAUCGUCAUAAGAUCGAGCUCAAAUGGGAUCGCGAGGUACUCGCUAUUCUUGCAGAUGGGUAUGACUCGCACUACGGGGCUCGAUCUAUUAAGUACGAGGUCGAACGUCGAGUUGUCAAUCAACUUGCUGCAGCUCACGAACGCGGACAAAUCGAUAAAGGCUGCUGUGUACAAUUGAAAGCUUUAUGGCAUGAAAAUGGAUCUAGUAUAGGAUUGUCUGUUAAACCAGCUGGUGUAAAGAACUUUGUUGAUAUUGUAGAUACCGAAAAAUUUAUAAAAAAAGUACAAUAAAGAAAUUCAAAUUGGGA